UUUGUGUGUCUUAAACAAGAGGUUAAGAUUUCUUUGUGACAGAAAAGAAGAACUGGUUUAAGGAAGUUCAAACUAAAAACUUUGUUGAAAUAGGGAGUAUGCAAGUAGAAACAUUGACUCUACCCAUUGUGCCAACAAAGUCACUGCACAUGUUUUAAGAUGAAGGUGCUGUCUCUGCUUGUGCUGAUAACAGCCUGUGCUGCCCGAACACAAGAUCUUUCUGGUAGGAUGUUCACCUUUCCACUGGAAACCAACAGAGCUUAUGUGAAGUUUAACACAUCAAGAAGAGAUUUUAAUGCCGUAACUGUUUGCCACAGAUCAUUUACAGACCUCAAAAGAGACCACAUGCUGUUCUCCUUGUCCACACCUAAUAGUCCCAAUGACUUCUUGAUUUUCUGGGAUAACACCAAUAAAGAAAUGGAGGCACACAUUAAGAAUAAAAAGGCUGAAUAUGGAGGCCGUGACUACAAGCUCAACACGUGGCACUCUAUCUGCACCACAUGGGACGCUGAGACUGGGCUGGCACAACUGUGGUUUAAUGGACAGCCUUCGAUCAGAAAAUUCACAAUUUCUGGGUCGAACAUAGGUGGACCUGUCAAUAUUAUUGUGGGACAGGAGCAGGACAGCCAUGGCGGCGGGUUUGACAUGAAGCAGUCUUUCGUUGGCAUGAUGUCUGAUGUCCACAUGUGGGAUUACGUCCUCUCUGCCUGUGAGAUCCAGAAUUAUGUGGAUGAACGAAACUACACACCAGGGAAUGUGUUGAACUGGAGGGCUCUGGAUUAUCAGAUUGUAGACAAAGUGUUGCUUGAACAUACAAAAACCGUUUGUUACUAACCCAUUUUAGAACAAUUUGGUCACUACCGCAACUCAUACAUUUCCAGUCAUCAUUAUUGAAUCUGACCUCACAUUAGAAAAAGAUAAAUGCUGCACAAUGUGAAUUAUUUUCAUUGUAGCUAAAAUAAAGCUUCAAUCUAGUACACAUAGCUGUGAUCUAGAUAUGUUUGCAUGAACACAAACAUAUAGAAAUUACAACCUUAAUGUGUACAUAUAUCUAGGCAUUUUUAUUAGGUUUGUUGUCCAUGAAUUUAAGGUUGACUCUAGAAUUUGACUUUUUAUAUCACUACGUUUGUUAUUUUAAAUAAAUGUGUUUGUUUCAUUUAUUUAGAAAGCAUCACAAAUAAACAACCAUCGUAAACAAAGAGAAUAUGAAAAAGAGAAGGCAAAUCUGAGCAAAGUUUUGAAUAAAAGAAACAGGAAAACACUUAAA